AAAAAUACAAACACUUGAAGUUUUAAAAGAUGUUCAUUGUCAGCAAAAGAAUGCUAAUGAUAUAACACCCGUACUWUGUGGAAUGUGGUCAACAUUAAUACAAAGCAGCACAACACAAUAUUUAGAGUCAUUAAUCAAGACAUCCCAAGUCUGCAAAUCAAARAUAAUUCCUCAUAUUGUUAGAGAGAAUGUCAAUAAAUUUGAAAAAGAUCAAGCCAACUUUAUAAGAAGUGUUGCUUUGCUGUACAAGGGAGGAAUACUGACCAAAACAAAGUACAAAGAAAUGAGAAAAGAAAAGGAAACAUUCAUGAAUGAUAUAGAAGUACCAAAAUAUGUAGCCUAUGAUAGGUUAAUGGCUUUUAUUAAAAGCAUUAACAUGGGUGAAUCCUGUGACCUUCAGGAUUUUGCUGCAGAAAGAAAGAAGUCUCCUGYGAAUGGCGUAUACCGUCCUUUACAAAGUCUGACCCUGAGGCUUGCUGAGAUGUACUUAAUGCUGAAUAAGGAAGCCAGCUUUCUGCACUGGUUUAACAAUGAAGAAGGGACAUUCUUUGUGGCAGUGGGGGCUGACGGGGCCCCUUUCGGAAAAGAUGAAACAGCUACAGCUUAUUUAUUAUCAUUCCUCAACGUGCUACAAGGUGUACAAAGCUGUGACCACAACUAUUUGCUUCUCGGUGCCAACUGUGAUGAAACACAUGAAGUCAUGUAUGACUAUACCAAACAUYUUGUUGAGGAGAUGGAAGCUAUGGAAAAAAGUGAGUUUGAAGUGCUGGGAAARAAAGUGAAGUUCAGGUWUAAGCUCAUUCCAAGUGAUCAAAAGUGGAUGGCUAGCAUGUCSGGGGAACUAAAUAAUGCAGCAAUGUAUUUUUCAUCCUUUGCCAAUGUGUCUAAGAGAGACAUUCUGACUGUUGGKGGUACAAUGGGGACAGACAAAGCGAAAAGUACUUGGAUUAAAUGGUCUUUCACAAAGCGAAUAGAAGAUGCAAAAGCCGUUKCAAAAUUCAAGCAGAAAAACAAGAUCCCAGAUGACACUAAAAAUGUGAGUCAAAGGAAGAAGGUCACCGAGUAUAUAUCCUCUCUGAAGUCAAGACAAGAAUUUGCGCCACCCUUGGGAAAAUAUGUAGAGUGCCUGAGACCUGAACCUCUGCACAAUGGUAAUAAUGCCUGGCAACGUUGGAACUUAGAUAUCCUAACUACCGCAAUGCAGUUGACAAAUAAAGGUGCCAUUAACAGUGCGAAGGGUGACGUGAAGCGUCUGCCAAAGGAUUGUCCCUUUGCAAAGUAUGUGUUUUUCCUGAGAAACGAGAUGAAAGCUGGAAGACUUUACAACAAAGUAGAGAAGUGGUUCAGAGAAAUGAAGAAAGAGGAUGACUUUUCGUACCGAUUCACAGGCAAGGAAACAAAGUUAUUCUGUUGCCACUUCAUGGAGGUCUGUCGUGUGCUCAUUUCUCAUCCUGGAAUUCCAAGGUCGACUCUUGUACAUGUCCACAGCCUGGCGUUUUCAGGUUUAUGCCUCCGUAAUUCUACUUCUCUAUUCAGUAGAAUUCACAUUGCUGAAAGAGAUAUAGAUUGCCUUAAGGAAGCAUGUAAUCUUUACUUUAACUGCCAAUUCUUGCUCCUCAACAAAGUAGCCCCCACAAUGUGGACCAUUGGUAAAGCAAUUCCUUUUCACACCCAAGAAAUCUUCAAUGAGUUGGGAUUUGGUCUAGGAAUGAAUAGCAUGUAGGAAUGAAUAG